AUGUCCCUUUCUUCCCAGACAACCGGACAGGAGCCAGGGGACAGCACAUCGCUGGGUUCCUUGGAGUCCAGCGUCUUCUGCAGUGAAGAGGAGCAGGGGCCCUUGCUGCAGAAAGUUGACCCCUCCUUGGACUGUUUCAUCAUCAAUGUGGGAGGCAGCCGCUUCGUACUGUCCCAGCAAACUCUGUCUUGCUACCCAGACACCCGGCUUGGGAAGCUGGCCGUGGUGGUGUCCGCUGCCCGGGAUGUAGCCUCUAGCCUCCUGGAGCUCUGCGACGAUGCCAACCUGGUGGAGAACGAGUAUUUCUUUGACCGGAGCUCGCAGGCAUUUCGCUACAUCCUGAAUUAUUACCAGACAGGGAGGUUGCAUGUGAUGGAGCAGCUGUGCGCCCUCUCCUUCCUGCAGGAGAUCCAGUACUGGGGUCUGGACGAGCUCAGCAUUGACUCCUGCUGCAGAGACAGGUACUUCAGGAGGAAGGAACUGAGUGAAGCCUUGGAUAUCAAGAAAGAUGCAGAAGAGCUGGAUGCCCAGGAUGAGGAAGAGGAUUUCUCCGGGAGUCUCUGUCCCAGUGUCAGGCAGAGGCUCUGGGAGAUGCUGGAGAAGCCUCGCUCUUCUGUAGCUGCCAGGACUUUUGGCACCCUCUCUAUGGCCUUUGUUGUCGUGUCCAUUGCCAAUAUGGCCUUGAUUUCUGUGGAGCUGAGUUGGUUGGCGCCCCCACUACUGGACGCCCUGGAGUACGUGUGCAUUGUCUGGUUCACAGCAGAGUUUGCCCUGCGGCUCCUGUGCACACGGGAUCGGUGCCGCUUCCUGAGGAGCGUGGCAAACAUCAUAGACCUGCUGGCCAUUUUACCCUUCUACAUCACCCUGCUGGUGGAGAGCAUGUGCGGUGGGGAGAGCUCUCAGGAGCUGGAGAAUGUGGGGCGUAUCGUCCAGGUGCUGAGGCUGCUCAGAGCUCUGCGUAUGUUGAAGCUGGGCAGACAUUCCACAGGCUUGCGAUCUCUUGGGAUGACUAUUGCACAGUGCUACGAAGAGGUUGGUCUGCUGCUGCUUUUUCUUUCUGUGGGAAUAUCUAUAUUUUCCACGGUGGAGUAUUUUGUUGAACAAGGUGUCCCUGGCACAACUUUCACAAGUGUGCCCUGUGCAUGGUGGUGGGCAACAACUUCCAUGACAACCGUUGGUUACGGCGACAUUAGACCAGACACUACCACUGGCAAGGUAGUGGCCUUUAUGUGUAUAUUAUCGGGAAUAUUGGUCUUGGCUUUGCCUAUAGCUAUAAUAAAUGACCGUUUUUCUGCUUGUUAUUUUACACUGAAGAUAAAGGAGGCUGCUCUUCGACAGCGUGAAGCUUUAAAGAAGCUCACAAAGAACACAUCCACUGACUCAAAUAUCAAUGUUAAUUUGCGAGACAUAUAUGCUCGCAGUAUCAUGGAUAUGUUACGGUUAAGAAGCAGAGAGAGAGCAAGCACCAGGAGCAGUGGUGGAGAUGAUUUUUGGUUUUGA